UCUCCCUCUCUCUCCUCUCUCUCCUCUAUCUUUUGAGCUUCCAAACAAACACCUUCUUCCAGGCUAAAGCUGGGCUGGUCUCCCUAGGCGCAGCAGCCACAACAAUCCCCGCAGUUCAAAGUUAGGCAGCAAUUGCACAACUUCCAGCAACUCUCUCAGCCAGCUGCUAAUGAGCUUGAAAGCAAGGAACAUCUGAGGAGUUGAAAAGGAAGCCUCCAGCCUUCCUCCCUUCACCAGAGAGACCCAAACACCCCUCCCAGGACCCAGAUUACUUUGAGAUAAGGACUGUGUUAUUUGCUUGCCUUGCCGGACAGACCAUGGCUCCCUUUGGAAGGAACUUGCUGAAGACACGACAUAAAAACAGAUCUCCAACUAAAGACAUGGAUCCUGAAGAGAAGGAAAUUGUGGUUUGGGUUUGCCAGGAUGAGAAGAUUGUCUGCGGAUUAACUAAACGCACCACCUCCAUCGAUGUCAUCCAGGCGCUGCUGGAGGAACAUGAAGCUACAUUUGGAGAAAAGCGAUUUCUGUUGGGCAAGGCCAGUGACUACUGCAUCGUAGAAAAGUGGAGGGGCUCAGAGCGGGCCCUUCCUCCCCUGACGAGGAUCCUGAAGUUGUGGAAGGCUUGGGGAGAUGAACAGCCCAACAUGCAGUUUGUUCUGGUUAAAACAGACGCCUUUCUCCCAGUUCCACUGUGGCGGACAGCUGAAACCAAACUAGUGCAAAAUAAUGAAAAACCUUGGGAACUCAGCCCAGCGAACUACAUGAAAACUUUACCACCAGAUAAACAAAAACGAAUCGUCAGGAAAACCUUCCGGAAACUGGCUAAAAUUAGGCAGGACACAGGUUCUCAUGAUCGAGACAAUAUGGAGUGUUUAGUUCAUCUGAUUAUUUCUCAGGACCACACGAUUCACCAGCAAGUGCAAAGAAUGAAAGAGUUAGACAUGGAAAUUGAAAAAUGUGAAGCUAAGAUCCACUUGGACCGGGUAGGGAAUGAUGGAGCCAAUUACGUUCAGGAGGCCUAUUUAAUGCCCAGGUUCAGUGAAGAAGAGCAGAAGCUAGACAUUCAAUCUGAAGAUAAUCAAGCUCCAGAGGACCUGAACGAUGGUGAGGGGAUAGCACAGCUGGAGGAACAGCUGCAAUACUACAGAGUGCUCAUCGAUAAGCUCUCUGCUGAGAUUGAGAGAGAGGUGAAGGGCAUGAGCAUUGAUGGAAGCGAAGACACAGAGGGGGCAGCUGCCUGUGAGCUGGAAAACUCGGAUUUGGAAAGCGUUAAGUGCGAUUUGGAGAAAAGUAUGAAAGCUGGUUUGAAAAUCCACUCUCACUUGAGUGGCAUCCAGAGAGAGAUUAAAUACAGUGACUCACUGCUUCAGAUGAAAGCAAGGGAGUACGAACUCCUAGCCAAGGAGUUCAGUUCACUUCACAUUAGCAACAAGGACGGAUGUCAGGGAAAAGAAAACAGAGGAAAGGAAGCUGAGGCUCCCAGCAGCAACGGGGAGAUCCUUCCAUUAACUCAAAGGGUGUUUAACACAUAUACAAACGACACCGAUUCAGACACUGGCAUCAGUUCCAACCACAGUCAGGACUCAGAAACAACACUGGGAGAUGUGCUACUGCUGGCAACCUAACUGCCAUGGCUUUUUUUCUGAACUUUAAUGAUGUUUCGUGUGGUUUAACGAGGAACUCUACUGUGUAUAUAGCUCUGUGAAAGUGCAAACCAUGCUAAAGUAUUCUGUAGUUAAUAAAAACUAAUGGCCACCA